AUGCAGCGUGCGGAUUGUACAUAUCCAGCAGUUCGACGCCUUCGUGGAGCAGGCAAAAAGGAAAGGCAUGGCAAGGCUGAUCAAAUGAUCCCUCUGAUGCAGUCUUCUUUGUCUACGGCAACUUGCGAACCACUGUGCAUCAAAUCGACAGAGUUCGGCAAGGACCUCUUCAUUGCAAAACUUCCCGCAUUUCUGGCACCGCACUCCUUUAAAUACAACCUCGAAACAGUACAAGCAGCUCUCGACAAAGCACGUUCUAGGGACGAAUACACAUCAAUAUUACCAGACAAUAUAGUAAGAUACUUGAUUGAAGCCUCAUUCGAAGAAAUCUCGCUCCCGCGUAGCGUGGUCGCGAGCCGUCUCGAACUCACAGCCUUGUUUGAUCAACAACGCCGAGAAUGCCCGAAAGAUCCAGGGUCCAAUCCUGCAAUAUGGGUACUGAUCAACGCAACUAUUGCGCUCGCAGUUCGAGCCAAGACAGUUGACUCGCCUGCUUUGCGGCUGUCCGAUAUCGCGUCUGCGUAUCAUCGAAACGCAACGAAAGCUCUAGGUCAGGUUUUGCUAGCUGCUCCGUCAGUGGUCUCGGUUCGUGCAUUGCUAGCGAUGGCAGUGGCUACUCGGGUUGAGACGGGUCAGCUCGCAGCUCUGAUUUUGACGAACAGUGCGAAAUUGGUUCUUCAGGCCAUACUAUCACAGCCUAAAAGCGGUGCUAGUGACGACUUAAGUACACUGAAGCUUUUGCAUGACGCCGUGAAUAGAUGGGGACAAGAGAAUAUAAAGCACAAAGAUCCAAAUACCUGUGAACCUAGUUGA